AUGAUGUCUAACGCACUCGCCCAAGUGCUGCAGGCUCCAGGUCAUUCCUCCACUGAAGGCUCGUGGUUUUCUCCUCUCCUCAUUGCUGUGGUCACGCUGGGAUUGCAGCGGCCGCAGGAAACUGCUGCCACCUUCCCGGCCAUGCCCCUCUCCAACCUGUUUGCCAACGCUGUGCUGAGGGCUCAGCACCUCCACCUCCUGGCUGCCGAGACAUACAAAGAGUUCGAACGCACCUACAUUCCGGAGGACCAGAGGUACACCAACAAAAACUCCCAGGCUGCAUUUUGUUACUCAGAAACCAUCCCAGCUCCCACGGGGAAGGAUGACGCCCAGCAGAAGUCAGAUAUGGAGCUUCUUCGGUUUUCACUGGUUCUCAUCCAGUCCUGGCUGACCCCCGUGCAAUACCUAAGCAAGGUGUUCACAAACAAUUUGGUUUUUGGCACCUCAGACAGAGUGUUUGAGAAACUAAAGGACCUGGAAGAAGGGAUCCAAGCCCUGAUGAGGGAGCUGGAGGACCGCAGCCCGCGGGGCCCGCAGCUCCUCAGACCCACCUACGACAAGUUCGACAUCCACCUGCGCAACGAGGACGCCGUGCUGAAGAACUACGGCCUGCUGUCCUGCUUCAAGAAGGACCUGCACAAGGUGGAGACCUACCUGAAGGUGAUGAAGUGCCGGCGCUUCGGGGAGAGCAACUGCACCAUCUGAGGCCCAGCGCCGUGGCUGAGGGCCCGCCCCGUCCCCCGUCACCAAAAACACGAGGAAUAAAGCCCACACCGCUGAGCACUGCCUGCUGCCUGCU